AUGGUCAGUAUUUACGCCCUCCUUCCCUUUGUGUGCGCCGCUGUUGCCAAGGCGGCGGAUGCCUCGGCGAGCCCCUCGGUGAACUGGGGCAACGUCACCGGCUCGGAAGGCCAGGUGUACCCUACUGAUGUCGGUUUCCUGGGCCAGACCGUCUACAGUGCGCCGCCUUUCCUUGCGCAGGUUGACAAGCUGAACACUACGCGCCCCAACGGCAAGUACGGUGUUGAGAUGCGCUGGCUCCCCAAGGACGGCGAGAAGAACAACGCGACGUCGGAUGACAUCUUCCGCAACCUCGGCCAGGUUUCGCCUUACCACCCCGCCGAUGACCUGUUCCCCGAAACCAGCGGCCAGCAGGUCGUUCCUAAGAACUGCACCAUCAAGCAGGUCCACAUCCUUCACCGCCACGGUGCUCGCUACCCUACUGGCGGCAGCACGGGAGGUGAGUACCUCUUUGGCAAGAAGAUCCAGAACGCGACCAAGGCUGGCAAGCUCAACGCUACUGGCGACCUUGCCUUCCUGAACCACUGGAACUACACCCUCGGUACCGAGGUGCUUACCCAUGUCGGUUCGCAGGAGCUCUUUGACUCGGGUGUCAAGCACUACUACCAGUACGGCAAGCUCCUUGAGAACCUUACUGAGCACAAGCCCGUGAUCCGCACCACCUCGCAGAGCCGCAUGCUCGACUCGGCCCGCUACUGGACCCUGGGCUUCUUUGGCUGGGACGCCCCUGCCAAGAUGAACCUCGAGGUGGUGACCGAGGACAAGUCGCAGAACAACACGCUGGCCCCUAACUGCAAGUCGCCCAACAUGACCGCGCCGAUCAAGGCCUGGGAGCAGAAGUACACCCCCGCUAUUGCCGACCGUCUGAACAAGAUGGUUUCGGGUGUGACGAUCGACCCAAGCGACAUUUACUACAUGAUGACCCUCUGUGGUUACGAGACGGUGUCGAUUGGCUACUCGCACUUCUGCAGCGUCUUUACCAAGGAGGAGUGGGAGCAGCAUGAGUACGACGUCGACCUUCAGUUCAUGGCCGGCAGCGGUCUCAUGAGCCCCAACGCCAAGGCCUACGGUAUUGGUUACGUGCUCGAGUUCAUCGACCGUAUCACCAAGCAGAAGUUCCAUGGUCCCCAGACCCUGCAGAACUCUACGCUGGACAGCAACCCUGCCUACUACCCGCUUGACCAGGGCCUCUACGCCGACUUCUCGCACGACACUGCGAUCACCAACAUCAUGACGGCUUUCAACCUGACUCAGGUUCUCCAGGUGCUCGACCCCACCAACCCUGACUCCAAGCGUCACUACCGCGCUAGCCGUGUCACUCCUUUCGGUGCUCGUCUCGUGUUCGAGGUGAUGGACUGUGACGAGAACAACAACUCGACUCAGUACAUCCGUGCCAAGGUCAACGAGGCUGUUGUCCCUCUCAACCAGGACCAGGGCUGCAAGUCGCGCCCUGACGGUCUCUGCAAGCUCAACGACUUCAUUGGCACGCUCCAGGCCCACGCCUACAAGGACUCGCACUUUGAUGUCGCUUGCUUCGGUGUCAACGGCACGGACUACGUCGUCACCGGCCCGUCCAAGACCGGCACGCUGACCGACGACCAGAUCAAGAAGAAGAACUAA